AUGUCCCUGUCGCGAUCACCCUCUCCCCAUCGGGGUGGAGGGUGGUCUAGCCCAGGCUUGACUCCCGGCAGCGGCAGAUCCUCUCCGCGUGGAUUCUCGCCCAUGACCAGAGGCGUCAAGAACGUCUCGUGGACGGCGGCUAAAGCAAAGAGCGACGAGCUGCACAAGUAUCCUUCCUUCGACACGCGGAAUGAUGGGUUUUUCUUUAGACAAAAACGAAGAAUAUCUGCGCGUAUGUCGAGCUUUCGCGGGACGACCGCUCGCCAUGGGUACGUCGACAAGGACGACUAUGGUCGCGGCGUUUUACACGGUGCUGGUGCGGGAAGUUGCACUGGGAUGCUAGGGUGGUUUGGGAAUCUCCUGCGGCGGGGAAAGAUGAGGAUUUUGUUUGUGGCUCUCAUACUCUGGAUGGGAUAUCUGCUGCUGUGGUCAACAAUCGUCCAGCUGUAUCGCCAAUCACCACUUGGCGGAGGCUCCAAAUUCGUAAUCAUCCUCGCUUCGAAUGUCGAAGGCGGCGUCAUGGAAUGGAAAGGUGCGCGCGAAUGGGCCGUGGAACGCAACAGCAUUCGAAACAAGCGGGAAUACGCUCGAAAAUGGGGUUACAAGCUGGAGAUUACCAACAUGCUCGCGAAGAAACGCUACUCCCAUGAAUGGCGCGAAAGCUGGGAAAAAGUGGACGUGAUCCGUGAAAUUAUGCGCAAGAAUCCUCAAGCCGAGUGGUUCUGGUGGCUGGAUCUCAACACCUGGAUAAUGGAAUAUGGCACUUCGUUACAGAGCCACAUCUUUGACAACAUCGACUCCCACGUGUAUCGCGAUAUCAACGAGUACAAUCCUCUGAAUAUCACCCAUCCACCUCCGCAUUUCUACCUCGACGACCUCGCACGAGCGCCGACGGGCGACGGCGAUGAAAGCUCUCUUCAUCUUCUCUUGAGCCAGGAUUGUUCCGGGUUCAGCCUGGGCUCAUUUUUCCUGCGUCGCUCUGUCUGGACCGAGCGAUUACUUGACGCCUGGUGGGACCCGGUUAUGUAUGAGCAGAUGCACUCUCAGUGGCCCCACAAGGAACAGAGCGCGCUCGAAUACAUCUAUCAGAGUCAACCCUGGACGCGCAGUGGUGUAGGCUUCUUGCCCCAACGUCGGAUCAACUCUUUCCCUUUGGGUGCUUGUGGCGACGACAAUGACCCAGCUUUUCACUACCAGGAGGCUGAUCGGGACUUCGUCGUCAACAUGGCCAGUUGUAUGUUAGGGCGUGAUUGCUGGUCGGAGAUAUAUACGUAUCGUGCGAUCAGCAACGAUCUUAAUCGCUCGCCGUGGGAUGGGGUAUCUGAGCAAAUCCGCGGUAUUCGAGCGAAGAUCUUUGGAGCCCCGGAUGAAGUGGAUUGA